AUGCGACUCGCUGUCAUCAUCGCCGCCGUUGUCGGCCUUGCCCUUGGAGCUCGCGCAACUGCCGCCCGCCGGCAGACAUCCGAUCCCCACAUCGCCGACUUUCGAACAUUCGGCGAGACAGGUUGCUUCAGGGAUAAUCAAGGCAUAUGGACUUUCACGCAGUCUGAUCUGACUGGUUGCAAGACAUUUCCCGAUGACCUUCUGGUGAAAUCUCUGUUUGCUGCUGACUACAACGAUGGCUGUGGAGUAUUUGUCUACACUGAUACUGCUUGCUCUGUGGGUGACCAGUCUUUGGGAGUUGGUGGCUGUCUCAAUGACUAUUCCACUGGUCUCAAGUCUUACAUCGUCAAGUGCGAGUAG